AUGCCUGACUCUGCCUACGACUCCAUCUUCGUCACGGCCCUUCGCAAGUCAUACAACAGCUUUGAACUUCUCGAGUCUAUUGUCAAUCUCAGAGUUGGAGACGAGCAAGUUCCUGCUCAUAGACUUCUACUGGAAACGGCAUCAGAGGUCUUCCGUGCUGCAUUUGGUGGCAACUGGAAUAACGCGGCCACUGGUCAAUAUGCAAUCGAAGGUCAUUCCAAGGACGUCGCGGUCACCAUGAUAAAGCAUAUCUACGGCUCUGAAUUGCGUGGCAUCGAAGGCCAUACCGAAGAUGAGAAUAUCAGGUUUCUCUUGGAUGUCUAUAUGAUCGGUGAAGAGUAUCUGAUUACCUCUUUGCAAAUCGAAGUGAUCCGCAAGAUCAAAGACUUGUUAGGGAGACUGCAUGGCAUGGAAGACGAUAGGCCACUAGAAUGA